AUGCUCCUGCUCCUGCUCCUGCUCCUGCUCCUGCUCCUGCUCCUGCUCCUGCUCCUGCUCCUGCUCCUGCUCCUGCUCCUGCUCUUGCUCCUGCUCCUGCUCCUCCCACCAGCUCUCGAGGAGGAGGGAGGUGACGAGCAGCAGGUGCCGGGCCUGAGAGCUCUGCAUCCUCGAUGCAAAGUUAUCAGCAUGGUCGACGUUCUGCUUGCCAGACUCUCAGUAGCAUCCAAGGAAAGCUCCUCCUCUCCUGGCGAUGCCACGAGCUGCGCAUGGCGAGCUGACGUGCCGGAGGAGGAGGAGGAGGAGAGUCUGCUAGCGUCGAUUGGCAUGCCAUCUGAAUGCUUGGGAUCAGUGGCUGAUGACGUGUCAGGUCAUGCGGCAGGGGGAGGAGCAGCAGCCCGGCAGCUGCUGGAGCUGGGAGAAGCUGAUGCGGUGGGGAUAGAGCUGCCUGAAGACGUACACUGGAUCCAGAAGCAGGAGCUUUACCCCGACCUCCCCGCCUUCCCCAUCCGCUUCGUCCGCUCCAGCUGGUACGACGAGAGCGGAAGGUGGCAGGUGGGAGCAGGAGGAGGAGGGGAAGCGAGGAGGAGGAAGGGGAUCUUGAUGCUGGGGAGUAUCAACGUGGACGGCGUCGAGUGGUUCCUGGAGCGGGUGCUUCCGCUCCUGAGAACCGGUGGAGGUAUAGAAAUCCAUGGGAGGCUCCGAGGACAGGAGCUCGAAUACCUGAUGCAGUCUUGUCGGGUGUUCGCUAGUCCUAUCGUCUCAGGACGGCCUUCUUUCAAGACUAAGAAUCUGGAGCCGCUAGCUAACGGUAUGCCCGUUGUCACCACGAGCAUGGGAGCUCUGGGUUUACAUCGCCCUCCUUCUCCGGGGCUCAACACGACAGGCGUCACGAUCGUCGGAGCUCGCGCGCGAGAGUUUGCAGACGCUCUGAUCAACCUCCUCCUCUCCGACCGCGACUGGAAGAAACUCCUAGAGCUCUCAGAUAAGAUCAAGUUCUACAUCUUCAUCGGACCAGGAGCUCUCAACCUCGACUAG